CCGGUCUUCCGCGCGAUGGCGCGUGCAUUACUCCGGAAGACGCGCGCGGUCACGUGACUCAGUCAAGAUGGCGUCUGGACAGCAGUGGGUGUUGGUGGAGAUGGUGCAAGCGUUUUACGAGGCUCCAGCGUAUCAUUUGAUUUUAGAAGGGAUCCUCAUUUUAUGGAUCAUCAGACUGCUGUUUUCCAAAACAUAUAAACUUCAGGAGAGAUCAGACCUCACAGAAAAGGAGAAAGAGGAGCUGAUCGAGGAGUGGCAGCCCGAGCCGCUGGUCCCCCUCGUCUCUAAAGACCACCCCUCCCUCAACUAUGACGUGGUCACGGGGCCUCCAAGCCACAAAAUCAUUGUAAAUGGGAAAGAGUGCAUUAACUUUGCCUCGUUUAACUUCCUGGGUCUGCUGGACAGCGAGCGCGUGAAGCUGAAGGCAUUGUCGUCGCUAAAGAAGUACGGCGUGGGGACGUGUGGACCGAGAGGCUUCUAUGGGACCUUCGAUGUGCAUCUGGAGUUAGAGGAGCGCCUGGCCAAGUUCAUGAGGACAGAGGAGGCCAUCAUCUACUCGUACGGCUUCGCCACCAUCGCCAGCGCCAUCCCAGCCUACUCCAAGAGAGGAGACAUCAUCUUCGUCGACGAGGCGGCGUGUUUCUCCAUUCAGAAAGGCCUGCAGGCUUCACGCAGCUUCAUCAAAUACUUCAAACACAAUGAUAUGGAGGAUCUGGAGCGCCUUCUGAAGGAGCAGGAGAUCGAGGAUCAGAAGAAUCCACGCAAGGCGAAAGUAAUCCGGCGGUUCAUUGUGGUUGAGGGACUCUAUAUCAACACCGCUGAUCUCUGUCCACUACCUCAACUGGUGAAGCUGAAGUACAGAUAUAAAGUGCGAAUCUUCCUGGAGGAGAGCAUGUCUUUCGGAGUGCUUGGAGAACACGGGAGAGGCGUCACAGAGCAUUUUGGGGUCAACAUCGAUGAUAUUGACCUCAUCAGUGCCAACAUGGAGAAUGCGCUGGCGUCCAUCGGAGGCUUCUGCUGUGGACGAUCGUUCGUUAUUGAUCACCAGCGUCUGUCGGGUCAGGGUUACUGUUUCUCCGCGUCUCUUCCACCCAUGCUGGCUGCUGCUGCUAUCGAAGCCCUCAACAUCAUGGAGGAAGAUCCAGGCCUUUUCAGGGUGUUACGGGAUAAAUGCAAACGUGUCCACAAAGCACUACAAGGGACUCCAGGGCUGAAGGUGAUCGGAGAGCCGUUAGCUCCUGCUCUUCACCUGCAGCUGGAGAACAGCUCGGGAUCCAGAACAGAUGACCUGAAGCUGCUGCGAGCCAUUGUUGAUUACAGUUUGGACCGACAGAUCGCACUCACUUUGGCUCGAUACCUGGACAAAGAAGAGCGUUUUCUUCCACCGCCAAGCAUCAGAGUCGUGGUGACUGUUGAGCAGACGCAGGAUGAGAUCGAGACCGCAGCGCAGUGCAUUCGAGAAGCAGUGCUGAAGAUCCUCAAAUGAUGAGAGAUCAUGUGAGAGUCAUGAUGACCUUUGACCCUGAAGACCUCGACUGCACACAACUCGAAUGGAUGAAUACACUGAUUGUAUUAUAUUUAUGUUUUCCAUACCUGCUGUACAGAUAAUGUUGAUUAUUUUAGUCUUCAUUUCACAUUGAAAUAAAUGCAGCGCUGAGUUGGUGUGCACCGUCAAACCUCUUGAAUGUCUUGAAUAAUGAGAGCUCUUGACUACUCAACAAUAACUAUGCCCUAAAAAUAAUCAUUGUUUUAUAUAAAAAGUCAUUUUUUAGACACUAAUAUUUACAUUGCUUUGUUAGCUUUGACCAAAGAGUUGCUUCUUUACAUGUUUUCACAGUGUUUAUGCCCUGCAUACGAGUUGUUUCUGAAUCAAGCGUUUAUUCUUAGACUCCAUCGGUAACUGAAUGCAUUGAGUGCACUGGUCAAGAGACACCAAAUCUGAUCUGGUUCUGAAUCUGUCAACAUGUCAUGUGUUUUCAUAUAUAUUUUAAGAAUAAAACACGUUUCAGCUUUUAAA